GUGACAGCUGGUGGAACACCGCGUGAGCGUGGCGGGAGUUUCGAGUGUGAGUUUCUUGAUGCAACGUAACACGCGAGGUUAUGUCAGGUGGUUAUCGAAACAUCGAAAAAGCGCACGGGAUACGUGGAUGCCGUGAACACGAACGUGUCGACGGGCGUUUGGCGCGCAAACACACCGCCUCGAUUAGGUUACAUAAUUAAUUAAUCAUACCGCCGUCAGUGGUUCGCAAACGUUGCAUAAUUGAGCGACGCCGCUGGGAGCUGGAGCCGCGGAUGCAGGAUACAAUCUCAAGACAUGGUAACUUCGAGGAGGGCUCACCGAUCGGGAGUUAGGAUGAUGCAACUUUGUUCGCGCGAGGGUGUUCUGUGACAGCAAUUACGGUGACAUGAAGUGAACUAACGCUUCGUCUUUAAGAGGGGUCAGGAAAUCCUGAAAGUUGCUGCGAAAAACCAAGACUGCAUUUCGAAAAGUUCGUCGAAUAACGAAGAGUGCAACUGUAAAGUGUUUAAGUGUCAGCACGAUGGAUACGUCAAGAAAUCGAACGCGGCUGAGAAGAAUGAUCGGUCUGCUAUGGCUCGUCUUCCUAUUCGUCGGCGUUUCAGCGGGAACAUUGGAGAAACUACACGAAGAACACGUGAGGGAGUUCAGCUGCGGGAUGCUGUACUACAGGACGCUCUACUUGGACAGUAAGAGGGACGCCCUGUACGUCGGCGCCAUGGACAAGGUGUUCAGGCUGAAUCUGAGCAACAUCAGUCACUCCAACUGUGAGAGAGACGCCCUUAAUCUGGAGCCAAACAACGUGGCAAAUUGCGUGUCCAAAGGGAAGUCGGAGCACUUCGACUGCCGGAAUCACAUAAGAGUGAUCCAGCCAAUGAGGGACGGCAAUCGGCUUUACAUCUGCGGCACCAACGCUCAUGCACCCAAGGAUUGGGUGAUCUAUAGCAACCUGACUCAUUUGCCACGCCAUGAGUUCGUCCCAGGCGUCGGCCAGGGCAUAGCAAAGUGUCCCUACGACCCCGCGGACAAUUCUACGGCGGUCUGGGUGGAAAAGGGCAAUCCUGGUAACCUGCCAGCGCUUUAUUCCGGCACCAAUGCCGAAUUCACCAAGGCCGAUACCGUGAUCUUCCGCACGGAUCUCUACAAUCUAACUACCGGUCACAAGGAGUUCAGUUUCAAGAGGACGCUCAAGUACGACUCGAAAUGGCUGGACAAGCCGAAUUUCGUGGGAUCUUACGACAUCGGCAUCCACGUUUUCUUCUUCUUCCGCGAGACCGCGGUGGAAUACAUAAACUGUGGCAAAAGCGUGUAUUCCCGCGUGGCCAGAGUUUGCAAAAGGGACACCGGCGGCAAGAACAUUCUGUCUCAAAAUUGGUCGACUUAUCUGAAAGCUAGGUUGAACUGCUCUAUACCUGGCGAAUUUCCCUUCUACUUCAACGAAAUACAGAGCAUUUACAAGGUGCCAGGUGACGACACUCACUUUUACGGAACGUUCACCACAUCGACAAACGGGCUAAUGGGCUCGGCGAUCUGCUCGUUCCACAUCGACGCGAUCCAGGAAGCGUUCCGUGGAAAAUUCAAAGAACAAGCGACGAGCAGCAGCGCCUGGCUUCCGGCACUCUCGAACAAAGUUCCUGAUCCGCGUCCUGGCCAGUGCGUGAACGACACAGAGACUUUCCCGGACACCGUUCUGAACUUCAUUCGGUCCCACCCCCUAAUGGACUCCGCCAUAUCUCACGAAAACGAGAAACCAGUAUUCUACAAGCGGGACGUAAUGCUCACACGAUUGGUCGUCGAUAAACUGCGCAUCGAUUUCGUUGGCCUCGACUUGGACUACACGGUCUACUACGCUGGCUCCAGCGACGGACGCGUACACAAGAUCGUUCAAUGGACGGACAACAACGGGGAUUCCCAGUCCAUCCUCUUGGACGUGUUUGACGUGACGCCUGGCGAACCGAUCCAAGCGAUGGAAAUCUCCAAGGAGCACAAGGCUCUUUACGUCGCGUCCGAUCAUCGAAUAAAGCAGAUCGAUCUAGUGAUGUGCACUCGUAGAUACGACAACUGCCUCCGCUGUGUUCACGAUCCUUAUUGUGGAUGGGACAAGGACACCAACACUUGCAAGCCUUACGAGCCUGGGCUUCUCCAGGACGUAUCGAACAGCACAGCCGACGUUUGCGACAGCAGCGUGGGUAAACGGAAGCUGGUCGUCACUUGGGGCCAGUCGGUGCAUCUGGGCUGUUUCGUGAAGAUGCCCGAGGUGUUGGCGAACCAGGAAGUCAGGUGGUACCACUACAGCAAAGAGAAGGGCAGGUAUCAGAUAGCUUACAAGUACGGAGCCGGAGGGGACAAGUUCAUCGAGACGUCCGAGAAGGGUCUUGUCAUCGUGGGAGUGAACGAGCAAGAUGCUGGGAGGUACGAUUGCUGGCUAGGUGGUUCCCUUCUGUGCUCCUACAACAUCACCGUCGACGCGCACAGAUGCUCCGCGCCCGCCAAGUCGAACGACUAUCAGAAGAUAUACUCGGACUGGUGCCACGAAUUCGAGAAAUACAAGUCCGCCAUGAAGAGCUGGGAGAGAAAGCAAGCGCAAUGCGCCUCGAGGCAAAACGACAGCAACCAGAACCUGCAUAUGAACGAGGUGUACGGUACACCUUUAGUCUGAUGGAGCCGAUCGUUGGAGCCCUCGUCGAGUCGAGACCCCGACACACCGCGUAGAAGCGUCCUGGCGAAGAAUCGAGGUCCAUCCACGAUCAGUUGUAGGAGCCUCACUCUCCUUCUGACCGGUUACACCACUGCCUUCAUCCACCUCGACGGGCUCUCGACCAAGUGAGAUCGAUACGCGAAACACGUCCGCGCCAGUAACCGACAAACCGUCCUUGAUCGGUUGAAUCUUGAAUGAACAUUCGAUCUCGCGUGUGCCGGAACCAAUCAAACGACGAUCCUGGCCAACACACAUAAUCAUUGCAUAGAAACGGCCGCCACCUAGCGACGGUAUUCUUCUAUUCCGCGUGACAGUGCGCGUAAAGUCGAGGACUCGCGCGGAUCUGGUCUCGUUUCCGGCGCUUUUUACUCCUGUAAAUAGACGCGCGACGCGUUCGUGACCACGUCCGAUGGAAAAGUGCGCUUAAAACGACUCGACGAACCCACAGUUCCGUAUUUAACGUCCGGCAAACGCAACGAUCAGUUUCGAAGAUUCGCGGGGAACUCUUCCACCCUCCGACCUUGCCUCUAUCGAGGUGUUCGAGCGCUUCUGUGUCAGCGUUCGAUGAAAGUAGCGACGAGAUUCGAGACAGUGGGGUAUCUUGUUCCUGAGAUCCCUCCAUCCCCCUAGCCAACUUGAUUCUUUCACUCGCCGAACAAUAAGCAUAUCGACGGCUGAGUCUGUUCCAAGGACUUGUUCGAAACGCCGCUCCAGGGGGCUGGCGGAUGCAUUUAGAAACCGGAAAUGAAUUCUCCCGUUUGUUGUUUUUUCUUUUCUUAGAUCUGUGAUACGAACGACGAGACGAGACUCUCGAGCGAACGUGUUCUCGGUUGGCCGCUCGAUCGAGCGUCCCAGGCAACAAGGAGCAAAGAAGACUAAAGUGGGAGGGGAAAUAUACAUGUACGGUCGAGCUUCAAGCGUAGUUUUAACGAGCCCGGAGAACGACUUAAUUGGAAGACUGUGUGUGUAUGGUAAUAUUGAUUCGCCGGGCGGAUGAGAAUGCUGUUCUCGCGAACGUCACGCAGGUUACACAUGAGAUUAUUAUCGGCUAUGGUCGCGACCUCCUCGCGACUCUUUGGCUUUCUUAGCUUUUUCUUAAUCACGUCGCCAGUUUCAUGCACCACCGUUUGUCUUCUCGACUCGCGCGAUUCCUUUCGUUCGUUUUCAACCCAAUUAUUCUUUUUACGCGUAGACACACGGAUCGACGCUUCUGUUCCUCACAAUUAGGGUUAGAGGAUCGCGAUGUUACGUUGGAACGUCUUCGAAGUGCCAUAAUACGCUGAACUUCGCGAAUUAGCUUCGAUUUGUAGACUCGGUUUAUGGAGACCAAACUGUGGUACCAUUUUGCAUUGUGGGUGGUAGCUGUGUGUUUUUGGGGGAUCAGUGAUUGUAUCUAAUAGAUGAAGAUUCAAAUAUGGUAGAUUUCGUGGUCGUGAGUGAGAUUCUCCCUGUUUCUUCUUCGUGUUUAGUUUUAAUAUGGUACUUGAGAAUUUUAGCGAAUGUUACGUUCUUUUUGCUUGGACCAAACUGUAGCUGUGCAGCUGUAUGAAGAUAACAGAUACUAACAGCAUGUCUUGCUUCUACUAUACAGGGUAAGUCACCGUAAUAUGACAAUAUUAAUCUGUUUUGUGGUAUUUUGUUCUUUUAUCGAGAUUUGAGGGCCAUUUUCAGUGUUUUCAGUGUGUGAUUUACUGUAUCAGUCACCAUUUUUAUUAUAUAUUCAAUUUAUUACGUUUGUUGAGCAUCUUUGUGUAUCUCACUUUGGUCUACAAUGGCCAUUAUGCAACAAAUAAUUGUUGAGUUAUUUGAUUUCAUACGUUGACAUAAUUAAAUUUUUAGCAUUUUCGUUUAUUAACUUGAAACAAAGAAUUAAAUAUAUAAAAAAUAAUAUGCAUAGAUAACUUCUCUUUUUUGA